AUGUCAGCACCUCCAAACAUCGUAAUCUCGGUCCCGCAUUCACGUAAACCAACAGACGACGAAGACGACGAAUACACAUCACGAAUCAAAAAAACAGGAUGUCUAGAAUUUCAUGAAAAGCUGCAGGACUGCUACUAUGGUAAAAAGGAUUGGAGAGCUUGUAAACAGGAAAUGGCGGAUUUCAGAGACUGUUUUGAUAAGUACCAGCAACAAUCACAAGCUAGCCAGGCUGGUCAAAUGAGGGAAAAGAUUGGUGGUGGUGGAUAA